AUGGAUAUUCCCACAGGGACCCAGGGCCACCUCUCAAAGGGCCUCCUGCUCUCAGCUUCAAUCCUGGCCCUGUGGAUGCCCCAAAGCUCCCGAGCAGCCCUGCACAUCCAGAAGAUACCAGAACAGCCUCAAAAGAACCAGGACCUUCUCCUGUCCGUCCAGGGUGUCCCAGACACCUUUCAGGACAUCAACUGGUACCUGGGGGAUGAGACCUCUGGAGGCACCAGGCUAUUCACCUACAUCCCCCAGCUACAGCGGCCCCAGAGGGAUGGCAGUGCUAUGAAACAGCGAGACAUCGUGGGCUUCCACAAUGGUUCCAUGCUGCUGCGUCGUGCCCAGCCCACAGACAGUGGCACCUACCAGGUAGCCAUCACCAUCAACCCUGCCUGGACCAUGAGGGCCAAGACUGAGGUCCGGGUAGCCGAAAAGUAUAAGGAGCCGCCCAUUGCACACCUGCCCAUAACUGCUGGGAUUGUGGCUGCCAUCGUCAUCGGAUCUCUUGCGGCUGGGUCCCUCCUCGUGGGUGGCAUUGCCUAUCUCCUGGUGACAAGAGGCUGGAGGGGCCAGAGCCACAGAGUGUCCACUCCAGGAAGCCAGGGGUCUUUGUCGGUCUUGUGCCCAGCUGUGUCCCCCAUGCCUUCAGUGGUGCCCAGCACGUGGAUGACGACCUCAGAAAAGCCAGAGCUGGGCCCUAGUCAGCACGCGGGUGAUGACAACAUCUACGAAGUGAUGCCAUCUCCAGUCCUCCUGGUGUCCCCCCUCAGUGACAUGGGGUCCAUCAACCCAGCCGUGCCCCCGCCCCUGCCCCCGCCCCUGCAGCCAGAGCCGGAGGACCGCCACUACCAGGACCUGCUAAACCCCGAUCCCGCCCCUUACUGCCAGCUGGUGCCAGCCUCCUGA